AUGGCCAUAAUCCAAGUUAUCCAUGCCUGUUCCCUUCUUCUUGCAGUAAUCACCUAUCAUGAUAUUCUCUAUACCGAGGGAAGGCCAAUAAACUCAGUGACCAAACAGGAGUUUAGUUCAACUGAUUUUGAACCAGGAAAUGAAACAGGCAGUCAAGGAACUGAGCACAAAGAAGAUCAUUGGUACACACCUCCUCCCCCAGAGCCCAAUCCCAGUGUUAAAAAUUCAGUUGUAGGAAAGGACAUUCUUCCACCCAUAACGCCAAAUUACAGCAUUGGUUUUGGGGAUUCAACUGCAGUAUACAAAGAUGGUUUUCGACCUACGACUCCAGGAAGCAGCCCCGGUAUUGGCCAUCAAUUUGUACCGACCAAGGAAGAUAUUCAACCAAAGGCACUAGGCAAUAGUCCCAGUGUGAGACAUUCUGUCACAGCAUACAAGGAUGAUUAUCGACCCACAAUGCCAGGUCACAGCCCUGGUGUUGGCCAUUCGCUUCAGAAAAAAAAUGCAGAACCAAAUGCCUAG